CAUUUCCAAUAAGUACGAGUGUUUGCACGUCUCUCUGAAUGUUUAGACACUACUGGAGAGGUUACAGGUCAAGUGGAAGUCGUACCGACACCGGUUUGUGCCUUGGAUUGCACUAAACAUUUCUAAAAAUGAGAAAACCCUCCGACACGUGAAAAAGCGCUCUGAGGACAAGUUGGUCCCGGACGAAGAGGUGUCAGGAAGCCUGUUGCGUCUCUUCAGAGUCCUCUACAGUCAUGGGGCUCAUCGUCACGUGGACCUGCAGGCGGUCAAAGGUCAUUUUCACGUACAAAUGACAAGUGACAACGAACUUAGUGCACAUGAUGCCAUGUUCCGGUCACUUGGCUUCUGUAUUGAGCGGAAGCGGAGCACACUGCCUUAUGCAGGCUGCGGAGUGUUCGUCUCAAGAGGAGUGGUACCCAAAGGAGCUACAGUCGCCAUGUACCCUGGCACCAUCUACCAACCUUACGAGCCUAUUCUUCUGCAGUCCAUCCGAAACCCAUUUGUAUUUCGAUGUCUGGAUGGUGUCUUGGUUGACGGGAACGACAAAGCCAUCUCCAAAAUGGUGUACAAGUCCUGCAGUGCCAGGGACCGAAUGGGCCCUUUGGUGAUGAGUGACACCAGCUGGCUCACGGUCAGCCCAGAGAACCCGCUCGCAGUGGGCCAGUAUGUGAACAACUGCUCCAACGAGUGGCCCGCCAAUGUGUGUUACCAGGAGUACGAUGUUCCCGACACGUUUCCCAUUGAGUUUCGCCGAUAUCUUCCCAAUGUCAACUAUGGCCCUCACUCACAGAGACCUCUUCGGUGCGUGGUGCUCGUAUCGCUCCGGGACAUUACAGCAGGAGAUGAGCUCUUUUCCAACUACUACACAAUUGUACAGUAGUCAACAUUCUAAGGCAGGGGUCGGGAACCUUUUUGGCUGAGAGAGCCAAGAAUCCAAAUAUUUUAAAAUUUAUUUCCGUAAGAGCCAUAUAAACAUUUUUUCAACACUGAACCACUAAAUGUGUGCAUUUUUAAAUAAGACCAACAUUUCUAGAGUAUAAUAGGUCUCUUAUUCUUUGUAGUCAGUUGGAAGUGUGUCUUAAUGAAAUUAAACAAUAGAUGUCCGCUAACUUUUUGCAACUUAACGCCAAAAAAACGGAAAUGCUGAUUGUCGGUCCUGCUAGACACCGACCUCUAUUUAAUAAUAAAACUUUAACAUUUGACAACCAAAUAAUAAAACAAGGUGACUCGGUAAAAAAUCUGGGUAUUAUCUUCGACCCAACUCUCUCCUUUGAGUCACACAUUAAAAGCGUUACUAAAACAGCCUUCUUUCAUCUCCGUAAUAUCUCUAAAAUUCGCUCCAUUUUGUCCACUAAAGACGCCGAGAUCAUUACCCAUGCGUUUGUUACGUCUUGUCUCGAUUACUGUAACGUAUUAUUUUCGGGUCUCCCCAUGUCCAGCAUUAAAAGAUUACAGUUGGUACAAAAUGC